CACGUGAGAACUUACUCAUUUGAGUCUACAGAAGCAGUCCAUGGAGACCAGCCGAUCUCUAGGAAAGUUUUAUAUAAGGCCUCUUUUUGCUUCAGCUUUUCCUUUAUUCCUCAAUAUCCACUUGUCUCAACUGCAACUCUCCACUGCUAUCCCUCUCUUCCUCCACAGAUACCAAUUGUAUUAUCCAUAAAACCAUGACUCUCACUAACAAGGCAAACAAGGAGAAGCUGAUCAUCUUUGAUACAACUCUCAGAGACGGAGAGCAGUCUCCAGGAGUGACCCUCACAGUCAAUGAAAAAAUCGAGAUUGCGAAGCAGCUCUCUCGCCUCGGAGUCGAUGUCCUUGAAGCCGGUUUCCCUGUUGCAUCCCAGGGCGACUUUGAUGCAGUCCAGCGGAUCGCAAACGAGGUUGGCCAUCUUAUGGUCGGCCGAGAGGCUAUUGGCAAGCCCAUCACAAUCGCAGGUCUCGCCCGCGCUGUUCCCGCAGAUAUCCAACGUUGCUACGAUGCAAUCGUAACCGCGCCCCAGAAGCGCAUUCAUAUUUUCCUUGCCACCUCCGACAUUCACCUGGAACACAAAUUGAAGAUCUCGCGCGAAGAGUGCGUCACCCGUGCAGUCGCUUCAGUAUCGUUCGCUAAAUCCCUGAUCGACGACGUUGAGUUCUCACCCGAGGAUGCAGGAAGAAGCGAUCAGGACUUUUUGUGCAAAGUCCUCGGAGCUGUCAUCGAGGCCGGCGCUACCACUUUGAACAUCCCCGACACGGUCGGAUACAACAUGCCUGAGGAGUAUGGUGCCAUGAUCAAGUAUUUGAUUGCCAACACCAAGGGAUCGGACAAGGUCGUCUGGUCUGCGCACUGUCAUAACGAUCUUGGACUUGCCACUGCCAAUACCCUCUCAGGAAUCAACAAUGGAAUCCGUCAAGUCGAGGUGACGAUCAACGGCAUCGGAGAGCGUGCAGGAAACACUGCCAUGGAAGAGAUCGUCAUGGCUGUUCACACCCACCCCGACUUCUUCCCAGUAUAUCACACCAUCAACACCCCUCUGUUCUUCAGGAUUUCGCAGCUCGUAUCGUCCUUGUCUGGAAUGGUAGUACAGUCCAACAAGGCCAUCGUAGGCGCCAAUGCCUUCCUGCACGAGUCUGGAAUUCACCAGGACGGUGUCCUUAAGAACAAGACGACGUACGAGAUUAUCAGCCCAGAGACCGUUGGCGCCAAUACCAUCAACCUCGUUCUCGGCAAGCACUCUGGGCGCGCUGCCUUCCGCUCUCGCCUUCAGGACCUUGGAUUUGGCGAGUUGACCGAGGGGGAGUUCCAGACUGCCUUUAACAGCUUCAAGACUUUGGCCGACAACAAGAAGCGCGUUACGGAGCAGGAUCUGAUUGCGUUGUUGUCUGACCAGGUCUCAUCCUCUGCAGGAGACAAGGCUACAUGGGUGAUUAAGUCUCUCCAGGUCGUCUCCGGCACGUCCUUUGCUACUGCGACGGUUCAGCUUCAGAAUACGAUAACGGAGGAGGUCCACAUCGAUGCUGCCAUUGGCAAGUCUGGACCCAUCGAGGCCGUCUUCUCGGCGAUUCAGCGUUUGGUUGGCAAGAAUAUUCGUCUGCUCAAGUUUGAUAUUGCGGCCGUGGGUGAGGGUAUGGAUGCCUUGGGUCAGGUCUCGGUCAAGGUUGCGGAGAAGACCUCAGUAUCGGGCUCUGCUAGCGGUGAAGAGUCCCCUGUGCAGGAGACUGCUGAUGUGAACAAGAUCACCUACCAUGGCCAUGGUGCUGACUCUGACAUCAUCCAGGCUGCCGCUAAGGCAUACCUGAACGCCCUCAACCGCCUCGUUGCCACUGAGAAUGAGCGGAUUCAGGAAGAGCGCAAGGUGAAUGUUUAAGUCCCCGAUCGAGCUAGUGUCUGUGUAAUAGCGAUCAUGCUCAACGUGCAUGCCAUCCAAACUACAACAUUUACCUAAUAAAUCUCACUU